AUGGACGACCAGCAACAAGAUAACCAAAUGUCGGAUGCGGAACGUGCGUCCAGUGGGACGGAAGACCAAUCGGUAAGUCUGUCGGGUGAAGAAGCGCAACCCGCUGACACCGCCCCCAGCGUAAGAAAUUACCAGAAGGAAGAAACCAAGAGGAAGAGGAAACAUGCGGUGGAAGGCAAAGCCGCGAAAAAAACCCUAGGCGAAGGGAACCAACUAAGUUUAUACGCACAGAUAAAGAAAGCCAAAACGGAAGUGGCUAGCAACGGGGGGAAGAAAGGGCCAAGUGCUGACGCGGAGCUUUCCCCGAGCAGUGAAGAAGAUGACGUAAUUGAAGAAGACGACGACCUGAUGGGGCAACCACCCAGGGAAGAAAAAAGAAAGAAAAAAAAAAAAGAAAAAAAGCAGAAGCAGGACAAGCACCCAAAAACUCUGUCAGAGGGGCACUCUACUGCGCCCGCUGGAGCUGACGAGGUGAGUCCGUCCGAUUACGAAAGACUCCUGGCGUCGGAAAAGAACAACAGCGCCAUCUGGGUAAGCUACAUAGCCUACCACCUGGAAAAGGGCAGCCUGGAAGAAGCCAGAAAAACAGCAGAAAGAGCCCUAAAAACGAUAGAUAUACACAAAGUGGAGGAAAAGAAAAACAUCUUCUUCUGUUACAUAAAUAUGGAAUGCACAUAUGGAGACAAGUUAAGAGAAGUAUUCAAAAGAGCUCUCCUUUGUUGUAAUGAAAAGAAAGUUUACAUGCACACAAUGAAUGUGCUAAAGGUAAAUAAAAAAUAUAAUCAGUUAAAACAAUUAAGUGAAGAAGCGAUAAAGAAAUUCCACUACUCCAAAAAGAUAUGGUCACAUUAUUUAGAAAUUAUACACAGCACGUUUAAAGAUGAAGCGUAUGCACACGAAAUUCUGUUAAAGUCCCUACACUGUCUCGCGAAAAGAAAACAUCUACGUAUGGUAAUAAACGCUGCGAGGUUUGAAUAUAAAUAUGCCAAUAAAGAAAGAGGGAAAAGUUACUUUGAAAAAUUAAUCCAAGAAUAUCCUAAAAGGUCGGAUGUUUGGUUUACUUACCUUGACAUUCACAUUAAUUCUUUAACCAAAGGUGAAACAAAAGGAGAAAAAAAAAAAUUAAAUUUAAACCAACUUCAGUUUGUUAGGAAUAUAUUUGAAAGAUUUUCUUCGUGUAAGUUUAAGACAAGGGUGAUGAAAAUGAUCUUCACCAAGUGGCUCUUAUUCGAGAAGAACCAUGGCAACGUUACCAGCCAGAAGAUGGUUCAGAAGAAGGCCUAUGAUUACGUCGAAAGUUUGAAUGCGCUUGCUUGA